GCCUUACUACUAUUUUCUGAUGUCGGAACAGAAGGCCGAGUCACCAGUUAGCCCAACUCAUAGUUGGUCCCCAACUUUACUUUGGGAAGCAGUUGUCCGACUUCUGCCCUUCAAGCCUCCUGUAAACGGCCGCUCGUUUGAGUGCGGUCCAGUUGCCCUAGAUCAACCUUGGCUAGACAUCUUACAUCACAUAGAAGCAUCACAGCGAGUAACAAGCCUUGAAGCUGACUCGGACGAACCAAUAUGUCUUCACCCAAUAGAUGGCCUUCCUGAUCUCAGUGGACAGAUCAAGGACAAGGGCGUCUUCGCUGACGGUAUCGGCGGAUUCGGCGAUGUAUGGAGAUGCAUCUGGGUUGAGAAGAAUAUGAGGGUUGCCGUGAAAGCAAUCAGGAUUCAAGCAGAAGUUAAAGAUAGAGAGAAGAAGAGUAGACGAUUGUGUAAAGAGGCACAAAUAUGGGCCACCCUGAAAGAUGUACACAUCUUACCGCUCAUUGGACUUACAUGGGGGUUUGGCCCUCUUCCUGCCCUAGUUUGUCCAUGGGUUGAGAAUGGUUCACUGCAUUCUUACCUGGAAUUGAAGUACAAGGAUCUCUCGUUGGGGUCGAGAUUCUACAUCCUCCAAGGAUUGGUAUCAGCAGUUUUAUAUCUGCAUUCGAAAGAUGUCGUACAUGGUGACAUCACAGGAUCGAACAUACUGAUUGACGAACAAGGAGAGCCGCUUUUAUCAGAUUUUGGCCUCUCCUUCUUGGACGUGGAGCUCACGGGAAACUCAUACUUCACGUCCUGCAAACCAGGGACUGUACGAUGGGCUGCACCAGAGUUGUUGAUUCCCCUGCAAGACGGAUCUUCGUGCCGUGCGUGUGUAAAGAGCGAUAUUUACUCUGUGGGCUGCGUGAUGCUGCAGGUACUUUCUGGCCGCGUGCCGUACGAUAUUUGGACCGAUUAUAAGGUCAUUGCUGAGAAGUUCAACCAAAAGGAACCUCCACGACUUCCUGAACCUCCUAUUGAUGACCGCCAUUGGGAAUUCAUGAGAUGCUGCUGGCGUAAGAAGCAAGAACGAUUUGUAACGGUCAAGGAUAUAGCCGAAUUCAUUAGAAGGGAACUGGAUGAUUCACGGAAGUUUGGGAGGCUAUAACUUGAAGUGGUUGCCUAGUACAUA